AUGUUCAUUCAUGCUGCUCCUGAUACACCACCGCGUGGGAACAUGGACGAAGACACCUCCUCGAAAUCUUCGUCUUCAGGCCCGGAGAGCGCUUUCCUAGCUUCUUCAGGCGCGAACGCGGGGAAACGUGCCGAUACUGACUCGAAAUCUGGAAUUGUCAAACGCGCCAUGGAGAUGACUGCCGACAAACUUGGCAGGAGUAAGUCGGUCGGGACGAAGGCGCAGAUGUCUAAAAGCCAGCCCUCGCUCCCGACGCAGGGUCGCCGACGCAUAUUCAGUUUGACUCGUAAGGGCAAAGACAAGUCUGACCCGGGCGAUGCCAGGACAAAUGAAGGUACUCCUUCUCCUGUGCUGCCAGUCACAAGCUCGGGUUUCUUGUCGCCUUCAAUGCGGUCACGUAAAUGCGUGUCUGGGGUGCCCCUUGCAGGAGACGAUGAUUCACCUUUCAUUACUCCACGGUCCCCACGGCUUAGCCCAACUAAGCCAGAGCCACAGACAUUCCGCGGCAACGGAUCUAUGCGUAUCGGGACUCAAGCUUUAAUACAAGCUCUGCAAGCAAUGCCUUGGGGAGAAUACCAAGAUAAUGACGAUGAUACCUCUCAUGAAAGUACUCCUAUAGACACAGAGAGUGACGAGGACGAUGGAAUCGUAAAUCGACUGGCUUCCUCGAUCCAUACAUUAUACCGUCCAGUUGCACGAAUGAAACGUUCAGAGCUUGCAACCUCUCGCCGUCGCGCUCAGAGUCCGGCGUUGCCUAGGAUCGCCGAUAAAGAUGAAACUGGACAGGCAGAAGAGUCUAUAAUGUCUGAUGAGGAACUGGAAGACGAUUUCGAGCCUGCUUCAGUAUCUGAUCACGAGGGUGUUACUAUCACGGGCAGUCAGACUAUGUCGACGGAGCCAGCAUCGGACGUUGGCGGCUCAGUUACGGAGACCCCAAAGCAUCAUUCUGGACGCUCCGGAAGCAUGGCUACUGUGAAGUUGCAGCGCAGGGCUCGGCUGGCUGACAAGCUGAGGGAAGUCUUCGAACUGAGCGGUAUUCAAGAAGUCAUUGCAGAGAUGCCGUGUUGGCUCCUCAGAUCUGUCUUGCUACAGGGUUACAUGUAUCUCACCGACUCCUAUUUGUGCUUCUUCGCACAUAUGCCGUCCAGAGAGGACCAAGUGCUCAAAUCAGGAACAUUAAGCAAAAGAGCGCAACGCACUAAACGCUGGAUUAGACAUUGGUUCGUGUUGAAGAAUGACGUUUUGUACUGGUAUCAGUCAUCUUCAGAUCCCUACUUCCCUCACGGUAUUGUCGACUUACGCUAUGCGAUCACUUGUGAGCCGACCGGCGAGAAAGAAAUACGCAUUAGGACGAAUCAACAGACAAUAAAGUUGUCUGCUGACUCCGUUCCCAGCCGAGACGAAUGGGUGAAGGCCAUCCGCAGGGUUAUGUUCAAGGCUCAGAAUAUGGGCGACAGUGUCAAGAUUGCUAUCCCAUAUACAACGAUCGUCGAUGUUGAGCGGUCAUCUGCCAUGGACUUCAGCGAAACAAUCGAAGUGAAAGUAGUGGACAAGAGCGACCAAUACUCGAUUGACUCUUACUUCUUUGCAUAUUUCCAUGAUUUACCAGCAGCUCUUGAAGAGAUUCGUGAUGCAGUGCGAGCUAAUCGGGGUCUACCCGACAAGGCGACGCCGGCCGUCAUCGACACCACCGUUACACGAGCCUCCCUCACCUCCCCUCAUUUAACAGAUCGUACUCAAAGCAUGCCUGUAUCGAAUCCGCCUCGGUCGUCAACCUCAAUGUUCAAAUUGCCGUCGAUCUUCCGGCCUCUGCAAGAUUCCCUCCCUAUUGGCCGGUCCGCCAGCACCCCCGAACGUGACAACGAAGAUUUUACCCACAUUUCCAAGAGAGCCAGUUCCUCUUUCAUCGCUGUCACUACGUCUCCGAAAUCUCUGCCGUCACCGAAUGCUGGUCGUUCUCCAGAUAACUCUGUUACAUCAUUGUCCACUCUGACCCCAGUCACUUCCGUCAGCCACACGUAUCCCCCGUCUCCUUCACCUUCGCCCUCCAUAUCAGAGUAUGUCACCUCUCCGACGAAAGACAGUAGCUCGUGGAACGUUGGCGUACCGUCUUGGCUGAGGAUGCCUUCACGUAGGGUAUUUGGUGGUGCCUUUAAUACGUCCAGAGUUGGGACCGCUUCGACAUUGGCGUCGACUUCGGAAGAAGUGUCGGAGGUAUUCUCGACAUCUUCUAGUCGCUACAACGACUUCGGAUACUUUAGCAUUCUGGAAACUCCGGAAACGAUCAUUGACGCAGAACAUAUCGAGAAGUUCCGCACUUCAUUCGCGUUCGAUGACAAGGAGAACCUGCUGGGAGUGUUCCCCGGAUAUAUCUUCCGACUGUUACCCGUCUACGGACGUCUCCACGUGUCCACCAACUACUUCUGCUUCAAGUCGACUGGUACUUUGACGACAAAGAUAAGGAUGAUCCUGCCGAUCCGAGACAUUCUGUCAACAGAAAAGUGCAAGGCAUUUCGGUUCGGUCACCACGGGUUGGUGAUUAUGGUCAGAGGGCACGAGGAACUCUUCUUUGAGUUCUCCGAUGAAGAACGCAGAACAGCAUUUGUGACACUCCUUGAGCGGCAAAUAGAGGACGUGCGUCAUCGUUCUGUAGCUGGCGAGACCACAUCCUCUGGACUUGGGGAACAUGGAGCACUCCUGUUGGAAGAGUCCGGUCCUCGUGCAUCGUCCAAAGUGCAGGUCGGUUCACAAGCAGACUCAGAAGCAGAAACAUCUACUGCUGACUCGCUUCCCGCCGUAAUGUUCACCUCCACGUCGUCAACGUUCUUGACCUUCAAGCCUGAGAAGUCUCUUCAUUUCACGUUCUUGACCAUCGGUUCUCGAGGGGAUGUUCAGCCUUACAUCGCAUUAGCGAAGGGACUAAUCGCAGAUGGUCAUCGCGUUCGGAUCGCAACACAUGGAGAAUUCAAAGAUUGGAUAGAGUCGCAUGGUAUUGAGUUUGGAUACGUCGGAGGCGAUCCAGCAGAGCUGAUGCGAAUCUGCGUUGAGAACGGCACUUUCACCGUAGCAUUCCUCAGGGAAGGUAUGCUGAAGUUCCGCGGGUGGAUCGACGACCUGCUCAGGACAUCGUGGGAGGCAUGUCAGGGAACAGACGUCUUGGUGGAGAGUCCCAGUGCCAUGGGUGGCUAUCAUAUUGCAGAGGCACUCCGAAUACCCUAUUUUAGAGCAUUUACGAUGACUUGGUCACGAACCAGAGCCUAUCCGCACGCAUUCGCCGUGCCGGAUCACAAGAUGGGAGGUAACUACAAUUACAUGUCCUAUGUCUUGUUUGAUCAGGUAUUCUGGCGAGCAACCGCCGGGCAAAUCAACCGUUGGCGGCGGAAUGUCCUCGGUCUUCCCUCCACAAGUUUGGAUAAGAUGGAACCUCACAAGAUCCCAUUCCUUUACAAUUUCAGUCCUGUUGUAGUACCUCCUCCCUUGGAUUGGCCUGAGUGGAUUCGAGUCACAGGAUACUGGUUCUUGGACGACGCUGACGUCAGCUCCAAUAAAUGGACCCCUCCGGUUGAUCUAGAAAAGUUUAUUGCAACCGCUCAUAAGGCGAAGAGGAAGGUGGUAUACAUCGGCUUCGGCAGCAUCGUGGUAUCUGAUCCGAAGGCAAUGACACGCUGUGUCAUUGAAGCCAUUAUUCGAAGUGGUGUUUACGCCAUACUCUCCAAAGGCUGGUCGGAUCGGCUGGUCAAGCCAGCAACAGAUGUUUCGGAACCUGAGGAACCUCUUCCGCCGCAAAUUUAUCCCAUCUCUUCAAUCCCUCAUGAUUGGUUGUUCAAACAAAUCGAUGCUGCUUGUCAUCAUGGCGGUGCAGGGACUACUGGAGCUAGUUUACGAGCUGGAAUUCCAACAAUUAUCAAGCCAUUCUUCGGUGACCAAUUCUUCUGGGCUGAUCGAGUGGAAGCUCUGGGAAUAGGAACCGCAGUGCGCAAGUUGACUGUGGACAGCCUCACAUAUGCGUUGUAUACGGCUACCACUGACCAGAAGCAGAUUGAUCGUGCAAGGGAAGUCGGUGAGCAAAUCCGCGCGGAGGACGGUGUUGCAACUGCAAUUGAAGCGAUAUAUCGCGACUUGGAAUAUGCCCGAUCCUUGAUCAAAGGUGGACCCCCUCGUGAUCACGAUUAUGAUAAUGAGAAUGCUACCAUCCGGGAAUCUCGUGCACCUGAACGUUCGGGUACUCGCUCUGGAGAGAGCUCCGUCAGUUCGAAUCAUGGGACUGCUAGUGACUGGAGCGUUAUAUCUGACGACUCACUUCAUCAAUGA